AUUCAUGAAGCAGCAGGGAGACGGCGGGUGGGGCGCGGGUAAAUAAAAGCUGAGCAAGCUGAAACUGCAGCACAGGAAGAGGAACUUUCCGCGCAGUGCCUCGCCGGGACGCAGCCCGCUGCUUAUCGCGGCCGCGCCGGCUGGCCGGAGAGACGAUAACCCUGCCCUGCUGCCUGCACGCUGGAUGCGAGGAGCAGGAGAGCUGUCUGUGCAGCUACAAGAUGAAGCCUCCAUCUGGGCAAAGCAUAAGGUUGGCAUGCCUUCUCCUGAAUUUGGCUUCUCUCUGCCUUCCAACCCCGCUCAGGGAGAACCGAGACUCCCUGAUGGAAGAGGAGAAAGCCCACCAGACAGGUGGCAAUUUGGUGCUGAGCAAACAGGAGCAGCAGCUCAGCACAAAGCUUGUCAGCCUCAAGAAGAAGGAGGUUGCAGCAGCCAUGAAUGUGGGGCAGUUCCCACCAAGUAUGCACUUCUUUCGGGCAAAAAGCCUCAUUGACCAGAGCACGGUGUUCAGCAUCUUGAAGCACAUGCCAAAAGGUGCUGUCUUACACCUGCACGACUAUGCCAUGCUGAGUGUGGACUGGCUGGUGUACAAUGCCACCUACCUCCCGGACUGCUACGUGUGCUUCACCCGCACGGGCACUGUUCGCUUUCGGUUUUCCAGGCCUCACCCUCCUCAUCCAGUGCCAGCCCAGUGCUCCGAGUGGGUUUUGCUAGAGACUUACCGAAAACAGCUGCACAACGUGACUGAGUUUGAUAACAGCUUGAUGAGGAACUUGACUCUGGUGACGGAUGCCCCUGAGCUGGCCUACCCUUCCCAGACUUUCAUCUGGAAAAGGUUUGAAGAAGUCUUUCUCAUUGCCUCUGGACUUAUCUGCUAUGCACCUGUGUUCAAGGCCUACUUCUACCAGGGGCUGCUGGAGCUCUAUGAGGAUAACGUACAGUAUGCUGAGAUAAGAGCUAUCCUGCCUCCGGUGUACGAACUGGAUGGCACUCGGCACAAUAAGUCUUGGUCGGUGGCGACAUAUCGGGAGGUGACGCGGCGCUUUGUGGAGGAGCACCCCGACUUUCUCGGAGCAAAGAUCAUAUUCACAGUGCACAGGAUGCUGAAUGUUUCCCAGAUUAAAGAAGCCAUCGUCACUGCCAUGGCACUCAGAGCCCGCUUCCCAGACACCCUGGCAGGCUUCGACCUGGUUGGCAAUGAGGAUGAAGGUCAUUCUUUGUGGGAGCUGAAGGAUGCUCUGACCAUCCCAUCUUCCUUGGGGGUCAAACUGCCAUACUUUUUCCAUGCUGGAGAGACCGACUGGCAGGGCACCUCUGUAGACAAAAAUGUGCUGGAUGCUCUGCUGCUGAAUACCAGUCGGAUUGGACAUGGACUUGCCCUCAUUAAACACCCAAUAGCCAAAAAAUUGUCUCUGAAGAGGGAUGUUCCUGUAGAAGUCUGUCCCAUCUCCAACCAGGUCCUGCUGUUGGUAUCUGACCUGAGGAGCCACCCCGCAGCCAGCCUCAUGGCUGAAGGGCACCCCAUUGUGAUUAGCCCCGAUGAUCCCUCUGUCUUUGGGGCCAAGGGCAUCUCUUAUGACUUCUAUGAGGUAUUCAUGGGCAUUGGAGGGAUGGAUGCCGACUUGAGGACCUUAAAACAACUUGCACUCAACUCCAUAAAAUACAGUGCCAUGCUACCGGAUGAGAAAGCCAAGGCCAAAGAGGUCUGGCAGAAAAAAUGGGACCAAUUUGUGGCUGACCUCUCUGAUAGCUUUUUGAGGGAGCUUUAGAAGGGAAGAGACCCAUCUCAGAAGGCAUUUGGCAAGCCAGAGUGAGCCAGGCUUAUUGCUGAGAGGGAGCCUGCUUCUUCCAUGUGACUUGAGCAGACGAACAAACCCCUAAGUCUCAUCUGGCCAUGGGUUACUCAGGUAAGCUAGGCAUGAGCUGCAUUACCCUGUGAAAGUCUAGGACUGGAGGUGAAAUGAAGCAGAGAGCCUUUGUAACAACAACAGCAGAAUACGCUGCUCAAAAUAGUCAAAAAGAUUAAAAAUUGCCAAUGACCAAAUCCUGACAUCGUUAUUCAGGAAAAACAUGCCUUCUAAUUAGACUUAGUGGGAGAUUGCCAACAUGAGGAUCUCUGAAUUUCGCCUUAUCAUUACAAAGCGCAGACCUUGUCCGGAAACAGCUAAGACAAACAUCCAGCCAUUUGGGCCACUGACCUUCAGGAAAGCAAGGACUGAAAAUGACUCUUGUUAUGUUUAACCCUGGGCCUGCUGCCAAAAUAGCACUGCUGGGUCGAAGAACCAGUCAUAGGUCUGAUGUCUGCUAUUUCAGGACUUACUAUGGCUGGAAACAGGCAGAUGGACCCGUACAAAUGUUCCCAGAUUGUCUAAGCUUGGUCAUACAGAGAUCACAAAGCCAAAAAGAGGUGCCUCAUUUGA